ACGAUCGAGCCGAUCGGCAGUCGUCGGUUCAGUAGCACGUUCCGAAAGAAUUGAUCGAUCUACUUUUCUGCGCGACAACAACGAUCAUCCCCAAACGAACCCGAAAACCCCAUUGUGUGUUACGAAACAACGAAUCUCUUUGACUCUCGGCGUGUACGUGCGUUUUUCACGCCAAAAGAACACGUUCCGCUCAGCAGCCGGUGAGAAGUCGGUCGUGAUUUGAUCGUACGCGCGCUCUUUGCCGUGCGUGCGUUUAUGUUUAUGUCUCAGUACGACAUGGGCUCUGAACCAGUGACGAUCAUCCGUGCGUCCGUGGCCGUCGUACACUCUCGCCGUCCGACACGGCCGUAAACAUAGACCGAGUCGCUGUCGAUCGCUUGCUCACCCACCCCCGGGGGUGGCAGUUUUUACGCGCUUUUUUUAAGCAACUCGACCCCCAUAUUCGCUUGUUUUUGCGGUUCGAGAUAAUGGACCGUGAUGGAAGUGUGACGAGUGAUUCGGCAAAGUGAGGCACCAUUUUAUUGGUUCGAUCGAUCGAUCGAUUAUUGGGCGGAAGUGUUGAAUGUGAAGUGAAGAAAGGAUCCAUCGGCCACGUGUGUUUGAAGGAAGCAGUUGCAAUGGAGACGCCCAGUGGUUCUCGAUGUCAGCAGUGAAUUGUGUGUCAGUGGUGUGAUCUCCCCCCCCCCCCCCCCCCCUAAAAGUGAUCUCAUACAAAGUGUCCUAAAUGUGUGCUGUGAGUGUGUGGCGUGGGCAUUUGCUAGGUGUUUAAAAGCAGCAUUUAAAAUCGAAAUCCCCGGGCGAAAGUAUCGAAAUCAUUAAAAUUCGACGUUGACUCAGGUCGUACCAAGUGGGAUGAGAGGUGGUGAAAACCCAGUGUGUGUGUGUGCUUUUGUGUGCGUGCGUGCGUGUGUCUAUGCCCCGUUGCUGUCACGCGCAAGUGUAAUCAACAAGUGAGCUCCAAAGUCAACGCCAGCGUCGGCCGAUCGGUGUUAAUUCGCACCGAAUUUCCUCUAUUUAUAUAUACCCCGUUACAGCGGGAGCAUCAUCUUUUCCACUCGCUAAACGGGGCAGCAAAGCGAUAAAACCCACAGAACAAAAGGUGCAGGGUGCAGAGCGGGUUGGAGUGAAGGUGGAAGGAAUCACGCACGGCACACGUUCGUUCGUUCGCUCGCUCGCUCGCUCGCGGUGCUUUAGUACCUUUGCUUUUCUUUCGUUUUGUUACCCAUCAUUACCAAACGGACCCGACGACCUGCCUGUGUUCGUUGUGUUGUGUCUACGCCACCCUAAAUCCGUAGUGUUGUCGUGUUCAGUGUAGUUCUCCGGCUGUGGCGGCGGCGGCUUGGUCGUUGGAAUGGAAGGUUGCCAACUAGAGCAACUCGUCGGUUAGACGCUGCAGGAACAACCAAUCGCUGUGUGUGUAUGGGUUGGAUGCAAAUCUGUUUGCCAACUGCACCGACAACGACGAAGAACAACCAUCGUCCGUAUUCCUUAGUGCUUCGUCAUCACGCUCGGCGGCAUGUCUGCGCCCGGGCCUCAGCCACCGCCCUCCGAAAUCACAGCCGAAUGGACCGUACAUGCACAGCUUACGCUUUCCUCGGUACCCUCCGCUUCUACCACUAGCAACAACAGCAGCGGCAGCGGCAGCCGCCCUUCGGAUGUUGUCCCGCCACCGUCCGAGGGAUGCACUGAGGGCGAACCAGGGUCAGUUCCAGGACGAAACACUGGGGGUGAUGGGACAGACGCACCACCAGCAGCAGCAGCAGCAGCAGCAUCGGCCACAUCCAGCAGUAACAGUAGCGCGGUUGGGAAUCCAGUGAAGGUUGUUUAUAAAUUUAGCACGGCUGACCAUCCGCUGCAACAGAAACCGUCCUCGACCGUGUUGUCCACUGGUCCACUGCCGGGUGGCGGUGCUGGCGGUGGUAGUAAGAGCAACGUUAUUUUUAACACCGAUCCAUCAUCACCUUCCUCACCUUCGGUCACGCUCGCUCAGACUCCCACUGGUGAUGGACCUCCUCCGCCGGGUGUCGAGAAUGCAGCCCAGCUGUUCCCCAAGUGUACCAGCACCUGCAGCAUCGUGCUGACGGCUUGCACCGAUCUUUUGCCCACCUCCGACUCGACCCAACUGAAUCUCCCGAUCAUUGUCAACAAGUGUGAAUCCACCAACAACAUUGUGGUGGACAAGAGCACCAACUUCCCUGAGAAGUCCUCGAACAAUUCCAAGGAUGUGAGCUGUCAAACGAGCGACUGGGAGACGAACAGCAAGAAGGAAGGGACGGAGAGCGGCGCCACCGCUACGGGAUCGAUAAAGCGGCGUGGAAUUCCACAAAAAUCCACCACCGAUGGCUGUCUUCUGUCGCCACCACCAAGAAGACGGGAGGAUAAUAGGUUCGAUUCGCUGAUACGGAAAUCCGUCUCACCACUCAUCCAACCGCUCGUCUCGCCGAGCAACACUAUCCGCUCGCAGCAAUCGAGCGUCCGGGGCGAUACGUCCGCCGCCAAGAAGAAACCGCGCACGGUGCACAUCGACGUGUAUUGUACCGGGUCGGAUGCGGAAUCCGGUUCGGACUGUGGUUCGUGCUGCUCCUCGCACGAGGACGCCAAAUCCCUUCCUUCCUCCGGUGGUUCGUCCGCCUCCUCGUGCCACUCGUCGGUGUCGUCGGGCAGCCGAUUCGACACUAGCCACAUGAUGGAGCUGAAGGCGGCGGCUACAGCGGCGGCGGCGGCGGCGGCACACACCCAGCCGAAUGGAGACGCCGAGCCAGCGCAACACCACCCCACUGUGUACGAGUCGGAAGAGAUGCGGGUGCGUCACAAGCGUGCCGGAAAGCAUGAAAUGCCCAGGCGUUUGAUGCAGCAAACUAUCGAUCAAAACACGCUUUCCACCAUCGGCAGCCUGAAAAGGACCGGCUCGGCACGGCAUGGACGCCCGCGGAGAAACACCGCCACGGACGAGAUCACCGAAUCGAAGCAGAUCCUGUUCAGCAAGCAUCUGGGCGAGGACGUGCCCAAGCAGGAGCAGCAGCAGACGGAGGAACAGAUCCAGGACGCGUUCAGCACGUACUUCCGGCGCGAUGUGAGCGACGACGCGAUCAGCUCGAACUACGCCCUGUCGGCCGAUCGCUCAACGCGCCGUGACGUCACCGGCAGCAGUCUCUCGAGUGCGUUCGCCUGCGGUGGGUUCUACGAGGACGACGAGGAGGCGGAAACGCGCAGCAAGCUCAAUCGGAGCGGCACCACCGCCACACAGUCGGACAGCUUCGAGUACGAGAACAGUGAGGAUCGCUACCGCAUCCACGAGAUGGAGCGCGUGUGGAAGCAGCAGCACUGGAAGUCGCCCUCGGUCGAGCGACGGCUGCUGCAGAUGCACAAUCCGUCCGUUCCGCUCGGCGGCGGGUCCUGCCCUCCGAGCCCGGACAAUCUGACCGAGUCGGAUCACAGCUUCGUGUACGACGAGGCGCCCCAUCCGCACGCGUCCAAUCCGUCCCUGGCCGAGUACAGUGACUCGAGCCCGUCCACCGUGAAGAGUGCGUCGCAGAGGGGCGGCGGAGGUAGCGGUGGCCAGGAUGGUCCGAGUCGGUCGCUGUUGCUUCAGCAGCAAGCCGUCCUUGCGGCAACGCUGCAGCAGAAGCGCGAGUUUUCCCCGGUCGAAGGCUACACCGACGAGUACCUGGCGAUUGCGCGCCGCUUCGGCAGUCUGAUCACGGGCCGCCGGAAACCCGGCACCCACAUGGGCCCGGUACGCAAUCCGGAGUGUCCGUGCGAGCACUGUCGGCGCUGGGUGCUGGAGCGUGACUUCAUGGGCGUCUCGGGAGGUACUGGUGGUUUGCGCGAGCGUGCCCUCUCCGUCGAUGCGUCGGGCGAACGUGGACCGAGCGGCAUCGUCGAUAUGCGCCGUCAGUUUCACCUGAGAAAUGCGUUCGUGCGUGAAGCUUGACCAGCUCAGCCCCCCCGAAAGGAGGAUGCCUUUAUAGUGCAUUUGUUAAACACUAACGUAUACUUGUAGCUUUCCUCCAAAGUGUGUGUGUGUGUGUGUGCGUGUUUCUGCUCAACGAUCGUUUUUAGUAGUAGGAUUAACUUUCCGAUCACUUUCCCUGUAGAAAAUGAAGUCGAUUGCGAGCA